GCGCAUUAUUUCCGAAAUUGGCAAAUAAAUUAGGUGGACUAUGUGUGCACCAGUAUUUAAACAGACCUGUACGACGUGGUCCAAGCGGGAAUAUCGAACUUGCAUCCUCCUUAAGAAUCCUCCAGCCAUGAGCGUACUCUCUCUCGAGCCCCUUGAACACUUCCACACGCAGUCGAACGAAACCCUGACGGCAGCCAGACGCAGUUCGUUCGCAAAGAUCUCGCUCGACUCGCACACGCUGACGGCCAUCGACACGCAGGUCACUGCAAUCGACAUCAGCAAGCACCGGAUCGUGCAUUUGCAGCGGUUCCGACACGUUCUGCAGCUGGUGGUGCUUUGCAGCUCAGUCUGCUGGAUAUCUCUGGCGUUGGUGUUUUUGCUCAUGAUCGUGCGUGAAAUCGGCGACCCAGACCGUAAGGGCGCGCAGAGGCAGAUGCGCAUUUACGGAGCAGUAGUAGGAGCACUGACCAUGGCAUGGGCAUGUGUCAUUGGCCUGUGCUUGUGGCGGUUCCGGAGGUACCAGGCGUGGCUUAACGACGAAAACACUAGGGCUGAGUGGAUCAUUGCCGGCAAGCAGACUCGGUGUCGCAUGUCAGGUGAAACCAUCCAAUAAUGCCUCCCAUUACAGGUUGUAAAAACUGCGGACAUGAUGCUUGUAAUUUUGUUUU